AUAACUGUAAAAACCCACCUGGCUGGCUCAGGAUCCUUGCUGGUAAAGGAGAACUUGCCCUGCGGUUGACGUUCACACAUGUCAAAUACACCUGUUCUCACAGCGAUACUCGUCCGUAUGUGCGUUAAACAGGCUUCCCCCGUUGUAUAGGGAGCCUUCUUUUACAUGAGCGGACGACUUCGCAUCACUCACACUAGCCGCCUUGUUUUGAGCCCCCUCAAACUUAUUAGCCCUCACACCAGUGAUUCUACCCAACGUAUUACUCGUUAAAGAUAGAGAUAGGCCGGCCAUGCCUGUCUCAAAGUUUACUUCGGUAGCCAGUGUGGCGAUUACUAUUACAGGUUUCAUCAGCAGCGUUUCGGCUGGCGACUUGGACUUUGUUUCCAGCACUCUCGCCACACCCAUACCGACUCCGACUUCUCAAACUAUCCCUUUUUCCCUGGCAGGCCCAGAUCCAAGUGGAGAUAGUGAUGACACCGGAGAAUGCAGGCUGUUAGGUCCUUUCUCUCUUCUGGUGCAAGUCGCUCUCGGAGCGUUAGCACUUUUAUCCCUUGUCUAUAAGAGAUGGAGGGAAAGACCUCAACGACCCCUAAAAGUGUGGGCGUUCGAUGUUUCCAAGCAGGUCUUCGGAUCGGCUAUGCUACAUCUGGCGAAUCUGCUCAUGUCCAUGUUCUCGGCCGGUCAAUUAGAAAUUACGAGCGAGUAUAAGCCAAACCCAUGCUCUUUCUACAUACUGAACCUAGGCAUCGAUACUACUCUCGGUAUACCGAUUCUCAUUUUCAUCCUCCACAUUUUGAACCGCCUGGCUCUUUACACACCUCUUGCAGAUCCCCCGGACUCUAUUAAGUCUGGGCACUACGGUCGUCCGCCACGAGCGACUUGGUGGUUCAAACAAUCUAUGAUAUACUUUGUGGGACUUUUGGGGAUGAAGAUAUGCGUCUUCUUCCUCAUUCAAUUGUUGCCGUUCAUCGUCAAGGUGGGCGACUGGGCUCUGCGAUGGACCGAGGGUAACACAGCCAUUCAAAUCAUCUUUGUGAUGUUGCUUUUUCCGGUAAUCAUGAAUGCGAUUCAAUAUUACAUCAUCGAUAUAUUCAUCAAGAAACCGGCGCAUGAAAUGCUAGAAGAGAGUGAGGUUGAUGACGUACUAGAUGACAGGCACGAUCACCAUCAUGCCUUGUUGGCCGGGCUGGAAGAGGAGGUCGCAUCAGAAUCAGAAGAUGACUCUGCUGGGAAGGGCAGCAGGAAAGUAUUCGUGAGCCCUCCCCAGAAGGAUGUCGGGCGCCUAUUUGACUCUGCUGAGUACCAUCCAACCAGCGAACUGGAGCAUAGUUCUGCAUCAUCAACAUCUACUAGAGCUCGCUCCGGACAUAUUGAAAAUGAUCAGACGCUAUCAUCGGCAGAGUCAGCAACACCACAAAAAGAUCAUGACUAG